AUGGAAAUCGCGCAAGGGACGACAAGGCAGGAAUGGGACGCGCAAAAGGCAGUCGCGGCCGUCGCAGGGCACAACACUACAAUUCCAUCUCGGAACCCUGUUGUUAAUCUCCCCUCAACCAUUCCAUCUACAGAGUCUUCCCUUUCUGGGUCUCUGAACUUCCGCAGCGCUUCGCGUAGCUCAAGUUCUCUUUCCACCUUCACUCUCUCUUCGUCCGACAUCACGUCGCUCACCACGGAUAACCAACAGCAAACAUGGCUUCCCUACCCCCCUCCCCAACAGCCUUCGGCGCAGCAUCAGAAUUUGAUCUUGAACAACAACAGCAACAACAACAGCAACAGCAACGUGCAGCAGGACUUUGUGCUCUACCCACAACAUCAAGUCUCUCGCCCGCCUGCUUCUUCUUGGGCCGAGCCUUCGCCAGCACCUCUGAGUGUCAACCUUAAUCAGCGAUCAGUGCAGAACCAGUCUCUGGUUAAUCGCCGACACACACUUCAGUACAGCAGUGUCAACGUACACCAGCAGCAUAGCAAAUCCGUUCAGCCAGUGAACAGAUUGUUCCCACAGUCUACCGGGUCAUUGUUUCCGUCCAGCUCUUAUCGGUACAGUCCAUCGGGCCAGAAGCGCCUUGCUCAACGUCUCUACGCGGCUUCUUUGCCUGCAAAUUCUCCGCUCGCAAACCGGCCACCGGUUCCAUUGUUCAACAGCACACAAAACACCCCUAAUUAUCAAAAACACCAAACCAGACAACAAUUACAACAACAUCGCAGAGUCAUGUCUUCGUCCAAUAUCGCUCAAGGUGAUUAUUCACACCGCCCCUACCCCGCAUCGACGUGGUUUGAGUCAAUCUCCGUGACUGAUGCUAAUGCGUUGUAUUUACCCUUUUCAGAUUUCCCUCUAGAUCUUUUCGAUCUCUCUUCCCAGAGUCCCCUGCUGGACGAUUUAACUUCUCCCGUCUCGUCCAUGAUGGCGUCCCCUCUCGCUGACGAGUUUGCCUACAUGAACACUACCUCUGCGGCUGUGCCUCCGGGCACAGUCUCGCCUAAGGAUUUGAUUUCCGGACCUCCGUCUUCCUUCUCCACAGAACUCGGAACUCCGCAAUCGGCCUUUGACUCCCCUGGCGAUCUGUCCUUCAGUCACUUCACGUCACCUGUGUAUGUGGCCGACAACGAUCUUCCAGCCGACCACAAUGACUGGACUUCGCUCUUCCCGGAUAGCCAAGUCAUGCCGGGUGACGAUUUCGAUAUGUCAAUGACAAGUUUCUCACAGAAGCCCACCAAGCCUGUUCCCUCUGCCGUCUGCAUGUCGGCUGAGUCUCCGGCAUCUUCAGAAGAUACAUCGUCUCCCAAGCCUUCGCUCACAAGUGAUGCUCCUUCUCACAAGUCCAAGAGCAAGCGCGACCUCCGUGACCUUAAAUAUGAUCCCGCCGAUCCAGUGGCCGUCAAGCGUGCUCGUAACACUAUGGCCGCUCGCAAGUCACGUCGACGCAAGCUCGAGAAGCAGGAACAAAUGGAGGAGCGCAUCAAAGAGCUCGAGGCGAUGUUGGCGAAGUCCGAGAAGGAUGCUCAGUACUGGAAGGCCAUGGCUCAGGCUUCGUGA